AUGAAACUUAUUCCAUACGUCCGUCUCGGUGGGGACGGGAUAACUCUUUGCCGCGGAGCAAAUCCACCGAUAAGCUGUAAGCUUAUGAAACUCGGAGACGCUUCCGUUGACAAAUGUCAUAAUUACGGAAGCUCCGAUUAUGUCGCCGGGCUCGAGCUCGGAAGCUAUUCCGACGCUACCCAAUCUUAA